AUGGUGAUGCCCAUAGAAUCCUUCUUGGUCUGGGAAGACCAAGCUGCGGGGGAGGGAGUAGAAAAAAAAGCUAUGAAAGAUUCACAAAAAUUGAUAGUGCAGGAAGAAAAUGGACCAAAAGAUGAAGAUGAAUUUGUGGAAGAAGGCGUAGAAAAGGCACCAGCGAGGGAGGGAAAUGUAGCGGUGGCCGCAAAGCUUACUCCCAAAGCUGAUUCGAACAUCAGAGAAAAAGCUGGCAACAUGUACAAGAAGGUUGAGAAGAAGAUCGAGAGGGAAGUUGCUUUUCCAAUUUGCAUUUCUGUAAACUUCACUGCUGGUCAUUUUUCUCCGCUUGCUAGCGACGAGACUAUGUUGGAAGAGGGUGAUAUGUUAAAGAUUGAUAUCGAUUGCCAUAGAGAUGGUUUUAUUGUUGUGGUGGCACAUACUUAG